ACCGCCGGUGCUGGGGCGAGGGCGACCGGCGGUGCGGGCGGCCCCUGAGGGCGCGUCUGGAGGGCAGGAGCGACGCGAGACGCCCGGCUGCGGCCUAAGAGGCCGGAGGCCGGGUGGGCUUGGCCGCUGCCGCCGGCCCUGGCAUUAAAGCAGCAGCCAGCGAGUGUAUCCUCACCCGGGUCUGCGAGAAACCAGCUUAGGACACCUCUCCCAUUCCGGCCCCCAAAGCUCCGCUCCUGGGGUGCGGCUGGGAAAGCCCACCCGCCCUAGACGGGCCCUUGAUGGGAAUUUGGAAAAGACCCUGGUCCAGUCCGGAGGCCGAGGGUCCUCUGGGCUUUCCGAAAACGCUGGAUGUUUUUUGAAAAUGAUUGCAUUGAAUGAAGAUGUGGUCUGUCUACAAAAGGCUGGAAAAGAACAAAAUCUGUUACCAUGCAGUCCCUCUCUAAAGAGACACUCUGCAGCUGCAAACCCAAGAGCAAGCGCUCUCACGCCCCCGUCUGCGGUCCUACCUGCGUCCACGGCCGAUCUGUUUUAAAUAUACUUCUGCAGGUUCUGGAGUUCUGAUGUAUGACAGAUGCUUCUGGAUCCCUCUUCUCUUCCCUCUUACUCCUGUAGAAGAAUAUUGAGGCAAUGCUCCAAUCUACUCAGCUGGCUGCCUCCCAAAGAAAUAGUGCUUAAUUUAAGAGGGUAGUCCAUUUUUCAGAGUUGUUAAAGUCACACCAGCCUCCAGGAGCUACAAGAUCCUGAUGCUGCAGGGACACAAGCUCCAAUCUCUAGGACAGAUGCAAUUCCUUUCCUGAGGAGCCAAAGUCCUGAGGGCAAGUAACUGUGAUCUGAGGAGGACCACCCAACCCUGAAGCUUCUCAUCAGAGGUUCUGGCAAUUUCCUCACCAGAAGCCCAGUCAGGCAGGCAUCAUCAUGCCACAGCAGCUCCUGAUCACCCUGCCCAGCGAGGCCAGCACCUGGGUGAAGUUGCACCAUCCAAAAAAGGCCAAAGAUGGGGCACCCCGGUGGGAGGAUGUGACCAAAAUGUUUGAGGGAGAAGUUCUGCUGUCUCGGGAUGAUAAUGUGACCCAAGGAGAAAGUUUAGAGGAUGAAGUGACCUCUGGGCCCCCAGCAGCAGAAUCCCAGGAACUGUUGACCUUCAAAGACAUAUCUGUUGACUUCACUCAGGAAGAGUGGGGGCAGCUGGGCCCUGCUUACCAGAAUCUAUACCGAGAGGUGAUGCUGGAGAACUACAAGAACUUGGUGUCAAUAGCAGGAUAUCAACUUUCUAAACCUAGUGUGAUUUCCCAGUUGGAGAAAGGAGAGGAGCCAUGGAUGAUGGAGAAAGAAGGCCCAGAGGAUCCCAGUUCAGACUUGAAGAGUAAAACAGAAACCAGUGAGUCAACUGCAAAGAAUGCCAUUUCACAGGAACAGUUGUAUCAUGGCAUUAUGAUGGAAAGGGUCAUGAAGGAUGACAUCAUUUAUUCCACAUUGAGAAAAGUCUCCACAUAUGAUGAUGUGUUAGAAAGGUACCAGGAAACCUGUGUGAGAGAUGUGAGACAAACCAUCUUGACCCACAAGGAGAGAGGCCAAGAAACUAACACAUUUGGAGAAAAUAUAAUUGUGAGUUCAAAUGUUAUUAUAGAACAGAGGCACCAUAAAUGUGAUACACCUAGAAAGAGGAACAAAUACAAAUUAGAUCUGAUUAAUCAUCCAACAAGUUACAUAAGAACAAAAACCUAUGAAUGUAAUAUAUGUGAAAAAAUCUUCAAACAACCCAUUCACCUUACUGAACACAUGAGAAUUCAUACUGGUGAGAAACCUUUCAGAUGUAAAGAAUGUGGAAGGGCCUUUAGUCAAAGUGCAUCCCUUAGUACACACCAGAGAAUCCAUACUGGUGAGAAACCCUUUGAAUGUGAGGAAUGUGGCAAAGCCUUCAGACAUCGCUCAUCGCUUAAUCAGCAUCGUAGAACUCACACUGGGGAGAAACCCUAUGUAUGUGAUAAGUGUCAGAAAGCUUUCAGCCAGAAUAUUAGCUUGAUUCAGCAUUUGAGGACUCAUUCUGGAGAGAAACCCUUUACUUGCAAUGAAUGUGGGAAAACCUUUCGACAGAUUAGACAUCUUAGUGAACAUAUAAGAAUUCAUACUGGGGAGAAGCCCUAUGCAUGCACUGCAUGUUGUAAAACCUUUAGUCAUAGAGCGUAUCUGACACAUCACCAGAGAAUCCAUACUGGGGAAAGGCCCUACAAAUGUAAGGAAUGUGGAAAAGCCUUUAGACAGAGGAUACACCUUAGCAACCAUAAAACUGUUCAUACAGGAGUGAAAGCAUAUGAAUGCAACCGCUGUGGAAAAGCCUAUAGGCAUGAUUCAUCCUUUAAAAAACAUCAAAGACAUCACACUGGAGAAAAACCUUAUGAAUGUAAUGAAUGUGGAAAAGCCUUCAGCUAUAAUUCAUCACUUAGUAGACACCAUGAAAUACACAAGAGGAAUGCCUUCCGAAAUAAUAUGUAGAAAGAGAUAUUUGACAUGAGAACAAAAACCAAGUCUAAAUCAGUGAUUCUAUGCUUUAAAAUUUCAGGACGCAAAUGAAUUUAAGGAAUUGAUGUAAUGAUGCCAACUUUUAAGUUUGCCCAUUAUGUAAAUAAACAUUACCUUGGUAACUACUGUCUACUAACAUCUCCAUACAAAGUACUUAAGAAUAAAGUCUGGGCUGGGU